CGCCAAGGUGAUGGCGCAACCGCAGGCGCUUGGGAGAAGACGCCUGCUAUAAGACCUAUGGACGGUCAAGAUUCUCUCCCAUAAUAUCCAUCAUCACAUCUCAAUCGUUCAUUGAUGGUAUAAGAACUUAUGUCAAAUCACUACUCUCUCUCUCGAAUAACGGCGGCAAAUUCAUACGGCAAGGCGGGGGAAGGGAGACAGCGAGACCAGAGCGACGAGAGAUCGGCAUGGCACCCGAGCCCGAGGAUGACACCAGCGAGAAGAACCCUCGCCCCCUCGACGAGGACGACAUCGCCCUCCUCAAGACCUACGGUCUGGGGCCUUACUCUGCCAGCAUUAAGAAGACCGAGAAAGAAAUUAAGGAAUUAGCAAAGAGGGUUAAUGAUUUAUGUGGAAUUAAGGAAUCUGAUACUGGUUUAGCAACACCAAGUCAAUGGGAUUUAGUCUCUAAUAAACAGAUGAUGCAGGAGGAGCAACCUCUUCAGUUUGUGGUUGGACUAGGAGAUAAAGUCUCUCCCACUGACAUUGAAGAAGGGAUGCGAGUAGGAGUUGACAGGAACAAGUAUCAGAUCCAAAUUCCUUUGCCACCAAAGAUUGAUCCGAGAGUUACAAUGAUGACGGUUGAAGAGAAGCCAAGCCUGAUGUUACAUACAAUGAUGUAGGUGGAUGCAAGGAGCAAAUUGAGAAGAUGCGAGAAGUUGUAGAACUUCCUGUGCUUCAUCCAGAGAAGUUUGUCAAACUAGGUAUUGAUCCUCCAAAAGGUGUUCUCUGUUACGGGCCCCCAGGAACUGGCAAAACAUUACUAGCUAGAGCAGUAGCUAACAGAACAGAUGCUUGCUUUAUUCGUGUCAUCGGAAGUGAGCUUGUCCAAAAGUAUGUUGGAGAAGGGGCUCGGAUGGUUCGCCAGCUUUUUCAGGUUGUCAAGCAUCUGAGUGAAACUGUUGUGUUCUUAUGAUUUUUACUGCUGAGAAUCUAUCUCUACCAUUUUUCUCACUUCAAUUGUAAGUAUGCAUUCAAAUCCAAUCUCCUAUAAAUUAAAUUAUCAACGAAACGGUUGUCUGUUGUAACCCUUACCAUCCGUCCAUGCUAUUAUUCUUGAAGGAGGGAGGGGAGGUAUUCACGCUGAGCAGGCAGGGAUUCAUUUUAA